CUGUAAUGGAGCCUGCAUCUUCUUCCUUUCUGUGUCUCAGAGCCUGGCUGUGGGCUGGGCCUUUGAUAUCUUUCAUAUAUUCCAUGGUGGAGUACCAGCCUCUGACGUUUAACCGCUGGUAUGUGUACCCAGCCUGGGCAUAUGGGUUGGGCUGGCUGAUGGCCCUCUCCUCCAUCGUGAUGGUUCCUGCAUGGGCAUUGGGCCGCUUAUGGAAAGCAGAGGGUAACCUCAAACAGCGUUGGUGUCAACUGUGCAGUCUGAAGAGCAACUUACCUUUGACCCGUAACCAGAGACCUAACAGGGAAAUGACAUCAGCUGUUUGACAAAGCCAUCAACACUAAGGAACAUAAACUACACAAUAUUGAACAAAUAGUGCCAUUGUCUUUUCACAUACAAAUGGAAAAAUGACAUUUGCUCAUCUCAUCUCAUUAUCUCUAGCUGCUUUAUCCUGUUCUACAGGGUUGCAGGCAAGCUGGAGCCUAUCACAGCUGACUACGGGCAAAAGGCGGGGUACGUCCUGGACAAGUCGCCAGGUCAUCACAGGGCCGACACAUAGACACAGACAACCAUUCACACUUACAUUCACACCUACGGUCAAUUUAGAGUCACCAGUUAACCUAACCUGCAUGUCUUUGGACUGUGGGGGAAACCGGAGCACCCGAAGGAAACCCACGCAGACACGGGGAGAACAUGAACUCAGCACAGAAAGGCCCUCACCGUCCAAGGGGCUUGAACCCGGACCUUCUUGCUGUGAGGCGACAGCGCUAACCACUAACCACCAUGC